AUGGAAGAAAAGCGCCAGAAAAGUAACACAACCAAGGAGAAAAGUGGGGUUACUUUAUCCGACCUCAAAUCUGCGGAAAGAACUAGGCCAACCGAUAAUCCUCAAACGGUAGAAUCGGCCCGAUUGACCCCCAAAGGUUAUAAUCUGAUCUCAGGUAAAUCACAACUGGAAGAGCUACUGAAGCCUAUAAAUUAUCAAGAUCACAACUCAGACGUAAAUUCGGAUAUUAUUGGUCCUCCUCCAUCCUUCUCAAAAUUAAGAAUCGCCUCACCCACUAAUAAAAAGGGAUUUUCCGAAGAUCCAGCUCUUUCUAGUUCCCAAUACACUGAUUUCAUUGCACAACUAAACCUACUUAGGGAUCAGCUGGCUCGAGAGCGGAUUCAUGUCGAACAAGCCUUAGGAGCUAGUCUUGAUGCAGAGGAGCCCGAAGUCUACGAUCCUCGGCUGGGAGAAUUUCCUUCAAAAGCUGGAGGGACCUGGGGUGAGUGGAGUGAUGAUGAUCAUACAAUUGUCGAGAUGGACAAGGCUAAGGCUUCUCGAAUUUUUGAUUCAGCAGUGAAGAGCAAGUCUAAAUCAUUAAGGGCCUUGGCCUCGCUAAGUGCAUCUAAUAUAAAUCAAGACGCUAACAGCUCUAGAGAUCAUCCAUCUGCCAACCUUGAUCUAAUCGAAAAAGAGCGCAACAAAUUUAUCAGAAGGGAGCAGAAAACGCGCGAUCUAGAAAUGCAACAGCGAGAAUAUUUGGAUGCACAAGACACUUACUUAGCUCAAAUAAACGAUGAGUUAAUUAAAGGAUCGGGAAAAAAAUCACACCAUCCCAGACAGAACGAAAUAUUCUCUCAAAUCGAAUCGGAUUCCAAAUUCGUAGAUCUGGACAGCUCAAUGGAAUUUGAGGACCCAAGGAAAAAGAUUCAGAGAGACAAAACCAGGAUAAGGCCGAAAAAAUUAAGUCUUUCUGAACUAGAAAUAGUAAAUUCCAGAAGGCUUGCGCUCCUUGGAGAAGGCAAAAGGCAGGAGUCAAAUAGAGAUAAUUUUGAUUUUUCAACAGGAAACGAAACCGAAACUGAUACGUCGGAUCCUGAACUUGUUCUGAAUAAAUUCCUGAGCUAUCAAAGAGAUGGGAAGGUUAUCGGCAGUGAUGAUUAG